UUUGGAAAUUAUAAAAAAGAAAAAAAAAAUACCCACGUCUGAUGUAGUUAUCUCACCCUAACUCCUAACCCUAUCACUUCACCUUCUCCUUCAACUCCGUAUACAAUCACCUCUUCUGGCUUCUCUUUCAGUUCCGUAUACAAUCGGCUCCUGCAAUCUCCGUUCGCUUCUUCGCUGCGGAUAUCUCUUCUUGGAUACGGAAGACGAAGCGAAUUGUAGAACUAGACUGCUGCAAUCUUCUCUUCUUGGCUACGGAAGACAGAUAUAAGAACAUCUACUGGCUAAACCUGAGCUAAAGUAUACAACAACAUUUGCCGAUUUCUGAUCGAAGUGAGGAAUCUUCUGUAAUUGGCCGAAGGAAGACGAAUCAGAGAAGAAGGUUUUUGAGAUCCUCUCUUCUUGGUGACGAAGUAGAGUAGUUCCGAAUUACCUGAAGGAAUCGAUCAACAGACUACGAACGGUGAGGGUUUUCUCCAAGGCGACCUUUCUGCAUCGACCACGCCAGACGAACGCGGUGGCACAUUUCAUCGCCCAAUCUAGCAUUAACACCCGGUCAAUAGCCUUCUACACUCAAAGCACUCUCCCUCCCAGAGCAAAGCGUGCCUUCUUCAACGACAAAAAUGGCAUCAGCCUCUUCAGAGACGCCAGCUAAAUUUGACUCCAGGACACUCUACCGGCAAAGGCCAAGAAGGCCUAUUACGACGAUAAGAGAAGUGCGGCAUUCUUCGGGGACACCGGCCAAAGUCUCAAGCAGAUCCAGACAAAGACCAAGAGCAUCUCUCUCUAUACAUCUAGAAGAUACGAAACCCUAUAGAACGACCAUCAUUCUUUGGACGCACUAUGUUCUCUGUCAGACGGGCCAUCCCUUUUCGAUUAUGCUCCUGGGCCUCACGAUAUGGACUCCUACUUAGCAUGGGUCGAUUUAAUACUCAGCUUUCUUGUAUUUUGCUCUCAUCCAAUCCUUUUCGGGAUUGAUGACCCAUGUAACCUCCCCCAACUUUUGCUUUAUUAAUAAAAAGACAAAUCUUUUUUGAAAAAAAAAUUUAUUUGUGUAGUAGUAUGUUAUCUGUUACUUUAAGUAUAUAUCUUGCGUAACGAAAUUGGAUAUAUCUUGCGUAAGUAUUGUGACUUAAAAUAUAAUGAUUGGAGGUCCGUGCCAGAAGAUGUUAGGGCACCAUUGCAUCAUAAACUUCAAGUAAGUGGUCAGCAUAACCUUUCUUUGGUGAAAAUAGGAUAAAAAAGAAAAUUUCUUGAUAGUUCGGUACAUUUAUAGUGGCUUGCUUUGUUGUUUCUCAUUGAUUUUUUUGACUGAAUUUGUUAAACUAAAGUGAAAAAAAGUAGUGAUAUACUUUGAUUAUUUGCAGACACUAUUUGAUGUUGAUGUGAGAGAUGAGAAUAUCAGAAAAGCUAAGACAAAUGCAACGAGCUUGGCAUGGACACAUGCACACAUUAUGCACAUACUUUGAAAAAGUCGGAGGCCCGAGUAAUCUAACAAGUGCAAAGAAGGACCCUUAUGAAGGAGUUAGCAAACAAGAUUGGGAAUAUCUGUGUGAAUCUUGGAGCGACCCUUCAUAUAUGAAUAAAACUCUGAAAAAUGCUGAUCUUGCAAAAAGAGAAAAUGGAAUUCUAGAAAUGGUUCUAAAAGCACAACACGUCAUCAUAUCAGUCGUAGAGUUGAGUUGGAUGCUUUGUUGGAGAUAUCGAGACAUGGCAUCUCCGUCAUUGGCAUUCAGAACGUGGGUGGGUAUCCCCUGAAGCAGAAUCUAAAUAUGAAGAAAUGGUGCAAUUGGGAAGAGAUAACUCAACCAAGGAGUUGACUCAUAAACAAAUAUUAGAGAAGGUGCUUGGACGGGAAUCAGUUCGUUUGUUUGGUUGGGAAAGGUCUUCCUCUGAAAAUAAGAAACACAAAGAUGAUUCAAAUGUUCCUAUAUAUACCGAACUGCUGAAUCGUGUUGGAGAACUCCAAAGUACGGUUGGAAUGAUGCAAAAAUUGUUAAUUGAAAAGAAUAUCCUUCCUCCCGGGGCAAAUAUUGCAUCUGAUUAUUGUUUCGGAGCUCUCAAUGGUGGCUCUACUUCUAUUGGGAGAGAUCAACAAUUUCAUGGCUAUGAAGACUCCAUUUCUGAAUGACGAGUAGAAAUUGCUUUCACAUAUGACCUAAUAUGCAUAUUUUAUUUUAGUACUAGUUGAAGGAUAAUAUUUUGACGUUACAAGUUUUUAUUGUCACUUUUGGUAUUGCAGUAUUUGAAAAAUGGAUGUUGAAUGAUGUUUUAUUAUGGCUUUCACAAUUUUAGAUAACUCUAGAUCUAAAAGAAAUGUGUCCUAUCGAAUGACGAAAUAUUGCACCAACACAUCCUUCUACGGAAG